AAAAGGAAUAAAAAUCAGAACGAAACAAAGAAAAGGGUUUUAGAAACAUACACACAACACAAACACAUAACGCAAUCUCUCUAAUCUAGGGUUUCACUUUUUCUCUUCUUCUUAUCUUCCAAUUCCAAAUCCAAACCCUAAAAACUCAAUUCUUCAGAAUCAAUCAAUGGAAUCACCCAAAAACGAACACAUCAUUGGAACCGGAGGUGAACAAAACGACGUCGGUAGAAACUAUGAACACGAACAUGAACAACAACAUCAUAACUCUCAAUCCCUUACCGGUGAUGGUGCUAGUCCUGGAAAGAUAUUCAUAGGUGGUUUAGCGAGAGAAACAACCAUUGCCCAAUUUAUCAAGCACUUUGGUAAAUAUGGUGAGAUUACUGAUUCGGUCAUCAUGAAGGACAGGAAAACUGGACAGCCUCGUGGAUUUGGGUUUAUUACUUAUGCUGAUCCAUCUGUGGUUGAUAAAGUCAUCGAGGACUCUCAUAUCAUCAAUAGCAAACAAGUUGAGAUUAAGCGGACUAUACCAAGGGGAGCUGUUGGCUCUAAGGAUUUUAGGACAAAGAAAAUAUUUGUAGGUGGUAUUCCUUCAAAUGUGACUGAAGAUGAAUUUAGAGAUUUUUUUACACGCUAUGGAGAAGUCAAAGAUCACCAAAUAAUGCGUGACCACUCUACUAAUCGUUCACGUGGCUUUGGGUUUGUCACCUUUGACACUGAGGAAGCUGUUGAUGAUCUUCUAUCUAUGGGGAACAAGAUUGAGUUUGCUGGCACUCAGGUGGAAAUCAAGAAGGCUGAACCAAAGAAGGCAAAUGCACCACCUCCAUCAUCCAAGCGCUACAAUGACUCAAGGUCUUCAUACGGCAGUGGUGGGUAUGGAGAUGCUUAUGAUGGAUUUGGUGGCGGAUUUGGUGGUGUUGGGGGUGGUUACAGCAGGUCUGGCAGUGCUUAUGGUGGUAGAGGUGGUCCGUAUGGUGGCUAUGGAAGUGAGUUUGCUGGGUAUGGUGGAUAUGCUGGAGCAAUGGGGGGACCCUACAGAGGAGAUCCUUCUCUAGCAUAUGCAGGUCGUUAUGGUGGAAGCUUUAGAAGCAGCUAUGAUCUUAGUGGGUAUGGCGGACCUGGUGAGAGUUAUGGGGCUUAUGGUGGUGCCGGUGCAGGUGCUGCUGCUGGCGGAGGUGGUUCUUCUGGUGCUGGUGCAUAUCAAAGUGGCUAUGAUGCUAGCCUUGGCGGUGGAUAUGGAGGAGCAGCUAGUGGAGCUUCUUUCUAUGGAAGCAGAGGUGGAUAUGGUGGUGCUGGUCGAUAUCAUCCGUAUGGAAGAUAGAAAGUUAUACUAAGCAUUUUUAAUCUAGGAAUGCAUCAAAUUAAAUUGUAGUUUGUGGUUGGUUCUUCAAUUAGGCUACAUAUUUCCAAUUUUUUUAAGAUGUUAAGGAAACUUACAUUAACCAGGACACUCUAGAAGUCCAAACAAUUUAUCCUUACCUUUUUGAAGACAUGUUAUGUUCUCUGAUUGAUGUAAAAGCUGCAAAUGUGCAGUUGAUUGUAUUUUAGAUUUUUUAAACCUUUGUUCGUUUUUACUUGUUACAUUUUUUA